AAAAGUAAAUACUCCGUAAGUAACAAGAAGAAAAAGAAAGCGGGGGAAAGAAUAUAUCAUCAACAACAUCAUCAUGUCAGGAGAUUGGUUGGGGGAGGUACCGACGGCGUGCGAGAGGGUUUAUAAAUCGUUACUGCAGUGCCACCGGCGUGUCCCAAUCGGUGUUCGUGAAACCACUUGCCGUCACUUGAAUCGUUCCCUUGCGGAAUGCAUGAUUUCAUAUAUUUGCCCCAAUCAAUCAGAGGCUGUUAAAAACCUAUGCGGCCCUAAUCAUAAUAAUAAUUCGGGAACCGCCCUAAAACGUUCCCAAUGUCAACAAGCCCAGAUCUCUCUCGCCACUUGCAUCUCUUUUCAUCAGCAGCCUGGCCCACUGCGUUAAAACACCGCAGUGGCAGACAUUUGGGCCCGUGUCGGGUCUGCGGUUCUUUUAUUUUUAUUAUGGCUGAAAAAGUAUCAAAAUUCGGCUACAAGGGAGGAUCUUACCAAUACAACAACUAGUGGUGGUUAACUCUACUCAUAUUACCUGUUCAUUUUUAAGUUUUAGCAUGUCAAAUUACUAUAUUAUACUUUGAUUACUUUUGUACAUAAUUACCUAAAUGAUGUUUCUUAGCAGUUGUUAAUCUAGGACAUUUCCCUUUUUUCUUAUUAGUAGAUUUUAGUUUCACUCUGAUUACUUCUGUAUAAUUUCAUUUUAUGUACUCUAGUGGUGUUUGUUACAUUAUAUACUGAUACAAGAUAUUUGGUC